ACAGCAUGCAAGUUGGCAGCACCUUUUAUGUAUUAAAUUUGUAAAUAAGCCAUUGCUGCUUUAAAACAAACAAAUUAGCAACUAAAAGACAUAUAUUUAUAAACAACGCUUUAUUAAAGCAUUAUUAAUCAAUGCGUGUUACUUUGUGAUAUUGAUUUGUGAUCAAACGGAUGACAGUCAGAGUCGGAAAAGCCAGAUUUCCCGCUUUCCGCUGUUCAUUAACGAAUUUUUUGGUAUUUUUGGGGCGGUUGGUUAGCGACCACAUCGAGUGGGUUUUCAUAAACAAAAAGGAUAACCCGGCUAAAUGGCAGACUCCCACUCCACCGGAGCCUACAACUACAAGACCUUGCUAUGCACCGACAUACCCGAACUAUUUCUGGACAAACAUGUUGCCCGCUCGCAUUUCGGUCGCUUCGGAACCCUCAUGAACUUUGUGCUGCGUCCGCGGCGGAUGACCUGCACGGUUAGCUAUGCCACCGAGGCGGAAGCAGAGCGGGCGCUGCUCGAGGGCGGCGUAUACAACGGCCAUCAGUUCCACAUGUCGUAUGCGGAGCGGGAGUCGACCCCGGCCCAGAAGACCGAGGAAUGGGUGGAUCCCGAUGUGCAGGCGGAGCUCAGUGCUUUGACAGCGGGCUGGCGGAGUGACUAUCCGGCGCAGCAGCAGGGUGGUAAGAAAACGAGCUCCCAAGCUCCACACGCACCUCCAGCACAAGCUGCCUCCGCCACCCCUUUCCGGCAUGCUCCUUCUCUAGCCUCACAUAGAGAACGUCCGAGUGGGCAAUCCAAGGAGCUGGAGGCGCUGAUGAGCCGGCCAGCGCAUACCAGCGAGGAAAAGUACCGAGUGCUCGAUGCACGCGACAAGCUGCUCCGCUUGAAUCGCAACCAGAAGCUGCAGGUGGAUGUGAAGAGCUCGGGUGGAGCAACACAGGGCCACUGUCCGGACAUGUGCCCGGAGAAGGAGCGACUGCUGCGCGAGUUUCAGCGCCAGGUGGCCGUCUAUGAGCUGCAAUCUGGCUCCGAUGAUCGCAUUUGCCAUGAGAGAGCUCUCAAGCAAUAUUCGCGUAGCAGCGCCGAUCAGGAGACACCGCUGCCCCAUGAGCUGCGCACGGAGUCGGCCCUGCACAUGACCAUGACCUACCUGAUGCACGAGAUAAUGGACAACGAUCACAAUUUGGGCGAUUGGUUUCACUUUGUGUGGGACCGGACCCGGUCGAUUCGGAAGGAGAUAACCCAGCAGGAGCUGUGCUCCCUGGGUGCCGUCAAAUUGGUGGAGCAAUGCGCCCGCUUUCACAUCCAUUGUGCCGCCCGUCUGGUGGCCGAGGAUCCCAGUGUCUUUGACUCCAAGAUCAAUGCCGAGAAUCUAACGAAAUGCCUGCAGACGCUCAAGUACAUGUACCACGAUCUCCGCCUGAAGGGGGUCCAGUGUCCACGCGAGGCGGAGUUUCGUGGCUACAUUGUCCUGCUCAAUCUGGCGGAUGCCAACUUCCUGUGGGACAUUGGCCAGCUGCCCGCCGAUCUGCAGAGUUGCCCGGAGGUGCGUCAGGCCAUCGAGUUCUACCUGGCGCUCCACGACACGAACUUUGUUCGAUUCUUUAACUUGGUCCGCGCCGAGGAGACCAGCUACCUGAGCGCCUGCAUCCUGGUCACGUACUUCACGCGCCUUCGUGUCCUGGCCCUGCAUCGCCUCUUCCAGUCCUACAGAGCGCCGCGCAAGAACGAGGUAUCCUCCCUGCCACUCCCCUAUGUCGCCGAAAUGCUGUGCUUUGGCAGCGACCUGGAGGCGGCCGCCCAUUUCGUGGAGCACUACGGUCUGGAGGUGAACGACGCGGGUCGCGUGGUAUUGACCAGGAUGCAUACGGCGGAGGCAGACUACAAGCUGCCGCGACAGCUGGAGCUGGUGGAAUCCAAACGACGUCAGACCGUGGGCGAGUGCAUCUGCGGGGAGCCAUUGCCGCCGCGUUCCCUAUACCUGGGCCAUCGCCCGCACAAUAGCUUCAACGAGCACAACGUGCUGAAGACCAUAGCCUGGGCAGCCAAGGAUCAGCUUCCUGGAAUGCAGCAGAAGGAGCAGGAGCAGGAGGAGCAGCAGCAGCGGCAGGAGGAGCAGAGGCAGGAGCAGCACCAGCAGCUUCGUCAUCACCCACAUCCAGAGCAUCAUCCUCAAGAGGAGCCACAACGUCCACCGUUCGAAAACGAUAACUUCUUCAAAGUGCCCAUGCAGCCGCCAGGAGGAACCACUGCUGCCAGCUUCUCCUUCGCUCUGCCCAAGCCCCGUGGCCAGGAACUGCUUCAGCUGGCGGUGGAGCAGCAGCAGAGGCAGCGCGACCAGGAGGCCAAGCAUCAGGCCCUACAGCAGGCCAUUGCCGAGGCCAAGAAGCGGGAGGCCGAACUGAUGGCCAUCCAUGAGGCCAAGGUGGCCGAGGCUGAGCGAUUGCGUAAGGAAAAGCUUCGGAGGCGCCUGGAGGCCGAGGCAGAGCAGCAGCGUCAGCAGCAGCAGCAGCAAGAACUGGAGAGGCAGCGACGCCUUCAAUGGGAGCGGGAGCAGGAGCAACUGGAGAAGCUGAGAGAAGAGCGCCUGCGGGAAAGAGAGGCGCGCCUGGAGCAACAAUCCCUGGAAUACUAUCAAACGUUGUUGCCGGAAAUUCUAAACGAAAUGUGCAAACAAGAACUGCGGCUGCAUAAAGCCGUUUGUGGCACCUUGGACUCCCUGGUGGCUGACAUCGUCAGCGAAACGGCGGCGGAGGAGCUGCAGCAAUCGCUGUACGAACUAAGCAUCAAGCGUAAGUACUGGCGACGCUGGCGCAACUAUCGCCGGGCUCAGCAGCAGAAGGAUACGCUGUUCAAUCAGCUGCCAUUGAGCUUCGCCGCCGACAGCCCCAGUAUCCUGAUGAACGAGCGCUUUGUGGAUGGCUCGCUGCGUCUAAUCCGGCGCUACCGGCAAGGCGUGGCCUGUGAUUAUGGCAGCCUGCUGGCCGGCAGGGAGGAGGAGGAGCACAGCUGGCUGAAGCUGGACCUGUGGCGAGUCCUGGACGAGUGUCUGCCGCAGGUGGCGCCCGGUGCCAGGCGCUUUUACAAGCUCCUCCUGCUGGUUAGCCCCCAGUUGGACUAUGACCUGGACAUGGGACUCUUGCAGCAGCCGCAGGAGGGCAGCAUUAAGCCAGAGCCGGGCAUCUAUAUCAGAGCCCUGCAUCAGGGCAUAGCCUUGAGUGUUGUGAAGAUCCAUGCUGAUGCCGAGGCGCUACGAGCCGCCAAGUUUGUGGAGCAACCCGACAGCAUUAUUUGCCUAGCCGGAGUCACGAAGCCGACUCUUGGCCAGAUGUUGCCCCAUCUUGGGCAACUUAUCCGCCAGAGUCACUGCUCCGACGUGGCCUUCAUUCUGCAGCAUUCCGGCCGGGAAUGGCAGGAGCCUCAGUUGCCGCUCAAGGACCUAGGUGUUCGCCAUGCCAGAAUCUUUCCAUGGCGCCGGGGCUCGUCCAGCAGAGAGCGCUUGAUGAGCAAAUUUGAAGCCGCCAUCCGGUACUUGGCCAAAGGCAAGGCCUUGCGGUGCAACUCCUCGCAACUCCAUCAGUCGGAGACGCGAGAGUUCCUCAUCGACCACCUGGGACGAGAGCUCUUUAGCCGCCUGAAGAACGCCGCCAGGCAGGAUCCAGCCGUGCGAAGGAGAUGCCAGAGGGGCCCACAGCAUUGUGUGGACUUGUACAACGAGGCUGUGCGUCGCUUGCAGCUGGUAGUUGGCGAGGAUCUCGAGGACUGCCCCCGCUUUCCCGAAGACCUGCGCGUCUUUGUGGAUUCAGGCUCGACGCCCGUGCUGUCCACCGAUCGCCUGGAGUUCUUUGAACCGGGAUGGCACCAACCAAGAAGGCGUCAGCAAAUCGUACAGCUGCUGGAGCUGAGCAAGCUGCCCAAGAUGCCACCGCAGCCGCCGAGGAGCCAACUAGAGAACUAUUGCCGGUGGGUCCUGGACUGUGUUCAGCUGAGUCAGCAAGAGGACAUGGUGGACUCCAUUGCCGUGCAGUCCACCAAGUUGUUGGAGGAGGAGAAGGCGGAGGCUGGUCACCUUGACUUUGUUGCCCUGCUGGCCACCGAGAGGCUGCAGUAUAUCCUACAACGUAGGCUGGAGCUGCCCAAAGCCAUCGUUUUCAGAGAUCACACCCUUAAGAUCUCCUUCCUCAGCGACUGGUAUUACGCGUUCCAGGAGUCUCUAGCUGAAAAUCUCCAGGAACAUGAGCCAUACGAGGAGGAUGAAGAUCUGGAGAAUCCCACAGAACAGGAGCAGGUGCACACGGAGCAGGAAACGGAUAAGCUGGACUUUGGCAAGAUUUUGCAACGAGCGGAAGCCCUACUGGACAGACGCGAAAGGCGUCAAGCCCUCCGGAAUAUAAAUGGGCCAACGACAUCUGGCCAGGACAUAACCGAUUCCCCGCAAGAAGGAAAUCCGGAACAUGUUAGGAAGCGCCUGCGACUGGGCUUCAAUUAGUCACCUGAGAUUAUCGAGCGAUGGUAGGUCGGAGAUGUGGAAAAGAGCGAGACGGCCUUUGGCUUGCCAGGUAAUAGUCUCUAGAAAUUAAUUAUAUAUUUAAAUUGUCCUAAAUUGUUAAAUUUUAAAAUGCAUUUUUGUUUAAAUCAAUAUGUGUUUGCCAACCCAUUAAAAUAUUGCUCCCUCUGUAAUGGCAAAAAUAAAUAUUUUUCAGUGUA